CAAAAAAAAACAAAUAAGCAUGUUUGCGUAUGCCUAUCAGUGACGACUGCUCACGGCACUAUUAUCAGUGGAAAACAACUUAUUUGUCACGCUGUGCGUAUGAAUGAUCACAGACUGAACAGUGCGAAAUUGAAAGCUUGACGAUCUAGUUGAACUCCUCUCAUAAUAAACAUAAGAUCUAGCAGAAAAUGGCCCUUCGAGUAUUCGUCAACAAUCUCAAAUGUUUCAGAGAUGUGAGAGGGAUAUCAAAUCCAACAAGCGCUUUUUCUACGUCAGCCAAUCAACUGGGGUUCAAUUGGGAAGAUCCACUGAAUCUGGAAUCCCAGCUAAAGGAAGAUGAGAUUGCCAUUAGGGACUCGUUUCGGUCAUACUGUGAAGACAAGCUUAAAUCACGUGUGAUAGCUGCCAACAGAGAUGAAGUGUUCCACAAGGAAAUCAUGAAUGAGUUGGGAUCAUUCGGUGUGCUCGGUUGCACCAUCAAAGGGUACGAGUGUGCUGGUGUCAACAACGUAACCUACGGGCUACUCACUCGUGAGGUAGAGAGAAUCGAUUCCGGGUAUCGUUCGGCCUUCAGUGUGCAAAGUUCUCUUUGCAUGGGCGCCAUCUACGAGUACGGAAGUGAAGCCCAGAAGCAGAAAUAUUUGCCGCGGAUGGCCAAGGGUGAGCUGAUUGGAUGUUUCGGUCUGACAGAACCAAACCACGGCAGCGAUCCCUCCGCAAUGGAAACGCGCGCAGUGCAUGACCCAAAAACCAAAACCUACAUAUUGUCGGGCAGUAAAACGUGGAUCACCAACUCGCCGAUAGCGGACGUGUGUAUCGUUUGGGGAAAGACCGAGGACGGUAAGGUUCGAGGAUUUAUUGUAGAUCGCGCGGAAAGUUCACAAGGUUUGUCCACACCAAAAAUUGAGGGCAAAUUUUCACUCAGAGCUUCCGCCACGGGAAUGAUUCUAAUGGAUGAAGUACGCAUCCCGGAGGACAAUAUUCUGGCCAAUGUGUCCGGUAUGCGGGGGCCUUUCGGUUGCCUGAACAAUGCACGCUACGGCAUUGCCUGGGGAGCUCUGGGAGCGGCGGAGACCUGCUUGAAGGUCGCGAGAACGUAUACACUAGACAGGAAACAAUUCAAGAAACCACUCGCUGCCAAUCAGCUGAUGCAGAAGAAGAUGGCUGAUAUGCUGACGGAGAUUAAUUUAGGGCUGGCUGCCUGUCUGCAUCUAGGAAGGCUCAAGGACCAGAAAAUGCAUACACCGGAAAUGAUUUCCAUGUUGAAGCGUAACAAUGCAGGAAAAGCCCUGGAGAUUGCGCGGGUCGCUAGGGAUAUGCUGGGAGGUAAUGGAAUAUCCGACGAGUACCAUAUUAUCAGACACGUGAUGAAUCUGGAAGCAGUGAACACAUACGAAGGAACGCAUGACAUACAUGCGUUGAUUUUAGGACGAGCUAUUACCGGAAUUCAGGCAUUUGCGUGAGGUUUGUGAGGUUGAAUGUGUCCCUUGUAUUCAACUGAGUAUAUAGAAACGUCGUACAUCUUCAAAUAACAAAAUAUAUAUAUAGAGCGUCCAAAGUCUUCCAAAUAAAUAUUUUGUAUACAGA